GGCGAGUCUCGGACAAUUUGAGUGAGGCAGUAGCAGAAGCACAGGGAACAUUUGCGCGAUCAGUGACUGCUGCUGGGAAACUAAAGCUGUCUUUAGUACAGAAUUGAAGUCGUGCCUGGAUAUAUUUUUCCUACGACAGCUGAGAAGAUAUGUUCAAACGGGUUGUGCGACAGAGUAAGUUCCGGCAUGUGUUCGGCCAGGCGGUGAAGAACGACCAGUGCUAUGAUGACAUCAGGGUGUCCCGUGUCACGUGGGAUAGCGCCUUCUGCGCAGUCAACCCCAAAUUUGUUGCCAUAAUUGUGGAAGCCAGCGGAGGAGGAGCGUUCAUGGUUUUGCCUCUUCAUAAGUCGGGCCGUAUAGAUAAGGCCUACCCUACAGUUUGUGGCCACACUGGCCCGGUUCUGGACAUUGACUGGUGCCCUCACAAUGACCAGGUCAUCGCUAGUGGAUCUGAAGACUGCACCGUGAUGGUGUGGCAGAUCCCAGAGAAUGGUUUGGUGACCUCCAUGUCCGAGCCAGUGGUGGUGCUGGAGGGCCAUUCUAAAAGAGUGGGAAUCGUUACCUGGCAUCCCACCGCCCGCAACGUCCUGCUCAGCGCAGGCUGUGAUAAUGUGGUUAUUAUCUGGAAUGUGGGGACGGGAGAGGCCAUGAUCACGCUGGAGGACAUGCACCCUGACAUCAUCUUCAGCGUCUGCUGGAACCGCAACGGCAGUCUCAUCUGCACCGCCUGCAAGGACAAGAAAGUCCGGGUCAUUGAUCCUCGCAAGGAGGAGAUCAUUGCGGAGAAGGACAAGGCUCAUGAGGGUGCCAGGCCCAUGAGAGCUAUUUUCCUGUCUGACGGCAAAGUGUUCACCACUGGUUUUAGCCGCAUGAGUGAGCGACAGCUCGGCCUCUGGGAUCCGGACAAUAUGGAGGAGCCAGUUUCUGUCCAUGAGAUGGACACCAGUAACGGAGUCCUCCUGCCCUUCUAUGAUCCCGAUACUAACGUGGUCUACCUGUGUGGAAAGGGGGACAGCAGUAUCCGUUACUUUGAGAUCACAGACGAAGCUCCUUUUGUCCAUUACCUCAACACCUUUACCACUAAGGAGCCUCAGAGGGGCAUGGGAUACAUGCCCAAGAGAGGGCUGGAUGUCAACAAGUGUGAGAUCGCAAGGUUUUACAAACUGCAUGAGAGAAAGUGUGAACCAAUCAUCAUGACCGUGCCAAGAAAAUCGGACUUGUUCCAGGAUGACCUUUACCCCGACACGGCGGGUCCGGAGGCCCCCCUGGAGGCCGAGGAUUGGUUUGAAGGGAAGAACGGAGAUCCUAUCCUGAUAUCCCUGAAACAUGCAUACGUCCCAGGCAAGAACCGUGAUCUCAAGGUGGUCAAGAAGAACAUCUUGGACAACAAGAUGAGCAAGAAUACAGAGAAUACUGCUCCUGCCGUCAAGACUGCCACCUCCACUCCAUCUAUCAAAAAUGAAGCUAAGCUGGAAGAGGUUUUGAAAGAAAUGAAGUCUCUCAGAGAGCUGGUCAGCAGUCAGGAAAAAAGAAUUGCCAAACUUGAGGAGCAGCUGUCUAAAAUGGACAUCUAAUGGACCCUGAUCCCUUCCCCUUCUUCUAUUCAGGAUAUCCCAUUGGCCAGGUGGGCGGGACCCGUCACUGCCAAUCACCAUGACAGCGUUCCGUCUGAAGCCUGCCUUGAAAAGACUCCAACCAACAUUCCAAGAUGAUAAUUUUCUUUUUUUAGCAAUCCCCCAAAACCUGUUUAUACCUCGUAGCCAUUUGGAAAACUAGAAACGCCUUUAGUUUCUCUCAAAACUGGACCUGUUUAGCUUUUUACAGUCUCACUCCAAAUCUUUCUGCAGCGGCUGUGUUUUAUCUGGUGUUUUUGAAAGGUCUUAAGUUUUUUUUUUUUUUUUUUUCUUAUUAAAAUUGUGACCAAGCAGAUUGCAUAAAGAACUUGAUGAGCUCAAAGUUUAAAGUAGCCAUCAGUAUUGCAGUUCCCCUCCUAUCCUUCUGAGUUGCCAAAUUUAAUGAGGAGUUAUGCACCUCCCUGACAGUAUUUGACUAGCUUUUAAUUUUGUGCUUUGUAAAAGGGACAAAGCUAUAUGCUAGUAAUGCAAGGAGGGGAAAUCAUUGGAACCAUUCAUCAAUGUUAUAGGUGUCUUUCUAGAGAAUAAAAAAAAUGAAGAUUUUAAUCAAACAUGCAGAGUUGACAAAUUUACAAACCAGUCCUGGAAAACAAUAUAGGUGCACUAAAAUAUUCCACUUUUUUUUUUUGUACCAAUGUAAAAGUAUUUAAAUAUUAAAUAGCAAAAUAAUUGUGGUUCUGAUGGUGGCCAUGAAUACAGACACAUUUUCAUGAUCUCAAACAUUGCUCGUCGUCAUAAUGCUAAUGCAAGCAAAUUGAGUCAGUUUUUCCCCUUUCUAAUAUCCUCAUAUCUGAAAUUUUCUUAAUUCAUGUUCUGUUUCCUGAAUGAAGCCAGAACCAGUACAGCUCUCACUUUGUAUAGAAGUUAGUUUCACAUCCCAAAACAUGAUGAUAUAAGCUCAGAACAAGAUGACGCCCAUUGACAUUCAUUAGCAAGACUCUGCUUUACCAGCUCGACAGCUUUUACUCUGACUUUGUUCAGACAUCAUUCAGGGCUAAGGAACACCGUUAGGUUUGCUUUGCUUUCUCAUGAAUUCCUACGAAUCUCAUCUCGAGUUGUGCCGGCCACACCAUCUCAGAAACGAGCUAGUUUGAUGUACAUACUUCUGCUGUGCAUUGCAGACCGUGACUAGCAGCACAAUAGUGUGUCAUGAGUGGCUUCCUUAAGUUAUUUUGCGAUGCACUGUCUCUUCCGCUCUCCUAGUCGAGCAGAACCAGUGCUCUCCAGGGAUGGCUCAGGUCUAGAUGAUGAUUUCACGAAGUUUGAGCUGACGACAACUGGAUUUUUUUUUUAUUGUUUGGUUAUCUAUUGGCCAUGUUAGGAAGAGAGGGAACUGUGAUUCUGUUGUUCAGGUUGCUUUAGCUACAUCCUUCGUCAGAGCAUUCUCUUGUGGUUUUCAUUUUGACGCUUCUAUAUAUCUCAUUCCGGUUCGCAUCACUGCCUAGUACCUCUUUCAUAGAUUCUGAAAAGCAUCUUCCCUCCUCCACAUGCUUUUUCGUCUGAAAUAGGCAGCGUCUUCUCACCUCAGAAACAUUACGUGACGUACAAGAACUGCAUUGGAAACGAGGCUUCAGAUCUGUGUCUGACAGCGGCAACUCAGUACCUCUGAUGUCAUUCUCUCGCUUUCCAGUGUCUUUUCUUGGUGAAGUUUUAAAGUGAAGGGUUUGGAAAUGUAGGGGCCGUGUUUAUGGGUACAGAUGGAUCCAUUCUGAGUGUUUAAGUGUCCUCAGGAGGCAUCUGUGAUGCAGCCUCGAGCGUGUGCUUUCAAAGGAGUGAAGGAUUGAAGUGAAAAGGGAUUUUUGUAGGUUGAAAAGAUAAUGCAUGUGAUUUUUCUUUUGAGGCUUUGUAAAUAUAUAUUUUUUAGUUUUCCUUUACAUUUUUUUUUCUUUGGCUAUUUGUCCAUCAUUUGGAGUUUGAUGGUUUUUAAAGAAUUCCCCAUUUUCCCCGCAUCAUUAUGCACACUGUGAGCCUUUUAAUGUUUCCAGUAAUAAAAUGAAAUAAGAAUUGAAAGGAAGGAGAUCUAGAAAUUCUAUUUUGUGCAUAACUGUUCCAUUUUUUUGUUCAUACAUCUGCUUCAGUAUAAAGAGUCUUACUGAUUACCAGAAAAAUAAAAAAAUAAACUG